AUGCCAAACGGCCAACCAUACCUGGGCCCAUACCACGAAGAGCACCAGGCUUGGCCGGUUCCCGGCACAUCUUCUGCAACCCCUCAAAUAUCUGGACAGCAGCCCCACGUAGCACCCAGUGAAUACCGCCACGCAAAUGUGAUGGUCGGUCAGCCUGCGAUGGUCGGCCAAUCAUAUGAUCAACCCACGUACAUCAACUUGCAACCGAUGUCUACUCAGCCGAACUACAAUCACAGAGCUGGAAUUAAUGCUAUGUCUGGAAUGCUUCAUCGCAACUAUGGCGACCAACGCGCCCCACCCGUCGAUGGACAAAUAAGCUACCAAUAUGGGCCGCCUGGAUCGGAACAGUAUCCUGCUGCCAACUACGGCGGUGCAGCAAGCGCUAGGGGCCUACCACCAAUGGAGUACGGGCCUCCGGCUCAACAGCAGCAGAGCUACCAUCCCCCGGGCAAUCCAUCACAAGCGGCGACCCGAAAUGCCGUUGUUUCACAACAGCCGAUGCAGUGUGUCAUGUCAUCCAUCAGUGCUCCUGAGCAAUUUUAUAAUAUUGGUCCAGUGCAGCCCCCAACAUGGCAACCAAAUGUUGGCGCUCUCCGAGAAAACGGGCUUUGCCCUCCUCAGCAAGCCUCGCAUCAGCUAGCGCUCGAGCCCUUAAAGGUCCAACAAGUCGAAGCUGUGAAUCGACCAUCUCUUAAGCGUCCCAGGAAUUCGGGCCAACGAUACUCUAUCGCAAACGAUGUCCAGCGUCCGACGACACUAACGCAGCCGACGAUGCGCGAUGCAGUCGUAUCACAGGAGUCAAUUGAGCCGUUCCAUAAGUUUUUCGGCUUUAGAUACAAUAUUCCACCCCUUGAAGCGAGCCACCUUGAGAAAAGACCUACCGGCUCUCCUGCCAAAUAUUUCACAACCUUCGCAGACUUCGACAAAGUUGAAGUGCGCAAAAGAAUAUUAUUCCACCUGAAAAAUUACGGGGCAAAACCACGGGACGGAUUCUGGCCGAGGGCUUUGCACCUUCUCCGCGGAGAAGAUUCAACCGCAGCGUCUAAGAAGAAAAGCAAGGAGACAAUUCUCGAUCCCGCAAAGGAGGGUUUGAGGAAAUUGCUCGCGGUUGUCGAUAAAGUAUCAAAAGCCACUGACCCAACGCUGGUGGAAUGCCAGAAGAUCCUGGUCACAUACCCGCAAAUACGUACCUUGGCGGAAACAAAGACUCCAGCGCAGCGUGGAAGAAAAACGAGAUCUGACCCACCUAAA